AACGGGCGCUCCCGUGGCAGUCCCGAGAUCUCCUGCGCGCUCCCCGACACGAGCCACCUUAGCCAUGGUGACCUGACGAGGUAAGAAGGUCUCUCGGUGGUUUGGAGGACCAGUACCAGCAUGGGGGGUUGGCCUGCUUACACCAUACCUCAUCUUCUGCCAGUACCGCUUUUAGUUUUUAUCACAUUCAGCCAAAUGACACUUCAAGGUAUAGAAGGAGUCUUUCCUGAUAUUCCUUUCAAUCUUCAGAUACCUUCCCGAGGUUAUUCCUUAGAUCAGCAGGUGUAGGUACCCACCAGGAGUCACUUGGUUAGUGUGAAUUCCUUUCACAACUGCUCACGCCCCUACAAAACAAGCAAAUUACCACUGUGCUGAUAAGGGUGCAGAUACGCUGCAUUUUUUUUGGUGGUAAAGGUGGGAACUUGGGAGGAUCAAACUGUUAGAGCUGUAUCAUCCCGCAUUGUCAAAACAGACCUGCACAGGUAUUACUUGAUGGCUUAGAUUGAUAAAUAAGGAAGGAUGGUAAGAGAAAAGAGCGGAACAGCAGGGUAUAUACUCUGUGCAGGUCACUUUUCUCUGCUUGUUCAAGUACCUUAAAGGCUCGUUAGUUACGAACAAGUAGGCUCAUGAAAAUGUGGCUGAGUUUGGCUUGCGCCGCUCAGAACGCAGACACACACGAUGUCACUGAAAAUUUUCAGCUUUUUAAAUUUAGAUUGCUCAAGCAUUUGAAUUUUCAGUGUGGAAGUUUGUCAAAUUAAGUGUUCAGUGGGACACUUGUGUGAAGAGGAAACAGCAGUUCUUGUGUCCUGUGUGUUGAGAAAAACUUGAGUAGAGCACACCGUAGGCCGCUGGCAGUGAUGUCUCAUGCAGCACAGAUGAGUUAAUUUUGUAACCUGUCCCAAGAACUGGGAAUGUGGGAGCUUCUUUCAGUUUGUAUUCUUUCUCUUUGAAAUAAAUGAAACCCAGUGGUGCUUAUCCCUCCAAAGUUUGUUAUUUUGUUUUGUUUUCCUCCCCACGUCUGCCAGAAGAAAAUUGUCUGCUUUUUGGACGGUUACUACUAGUAGUGUAUUUCUGUGCUUUCAACUCUGACAUCCUUUUUCUAUUUGUUCAUCUUUGCCGUGCUAUGAACAGCAAGGUGGGAGAAGUACUUCUGUAUUACUGUUACUGUGAGGUGAAGGAUCCAGAGAAACUCUGUGCUUGGCAAAAGGCUCUAUGCCAGCACCUGCAUCUCACUGGCAAGGUACGAGUUGCUUCAGAAGGGAUUAAUGGCACAGUUGGCGGAAGCAAAGUAGCUACCAAUCUCUACAUUGAAGUUAUGCUUUCCCAGCCUCUGUUCAAAGGCAUUUUAUGUCAAGAGGAUUUCAAGAGCAGUGCAGGAGGAGCUCACUGUUUCCCAGAUCUUCGAGUUGGAGUAUUCAAAGAAAUUGUACCUAUGGGCAUUGAUCCAAAGACAGUGUCUUAUAAAGAAACUGGAAUCCAUUUAUCACCUCAGGAAUUUCACAGAGAAGUAGAACAGUAUUUGUCUCAGGCCAGUCAAGGACAAAGUGAUACCAUCUUGCUGGACUGUAGGAACUUCUAUGAAAGUAAAAUUGGACAUUUCCAGGGCUGUCUGGCUCCGGAUAUCAGGAAAUUCAGCUAUUUUCCUAGCUACGUAGAUGAAAACCUGGAGCUUUUUAAAGACAAGCGUGUCCUGAUGUACUGCACAGGCGGGAUUCGUUGUGAAAGAGGCUCUGCUUACCUACGGAGCAAGGCAGUGUGCAGAGAGGUUUACCAGCUAAAAGGUGGAAUUCACAAGUACCUGGAAGAGUUUCCAGAUGGAUUCUACAGGGGGAAGCUGUUCGUAUUUGAUGAUCGUUACGCCAUUUGUUCCAAUGAAGAUAUCGUCUCAGCAUGCAGAUAUUGUGGGACGCUGUGGGACCAGUAUAAACUUUGUUCCAGCCAACACUGCCGGCAGCUUGUCCUGACAUGUCCAAGUUGUCGCAACAAAGGUCUUACAGCUUGCUGUCCUGUUUGUCAAGAGAAAGAGCUCAAGAUGACUUCAAGGGCUUCAGGACAGACACUUAAGGAGGAAUGUGAAUGUACAAGGAGACGGCCAAGGGUACCUAUUGAACAUGUCUCGCAAAGGAUGCUGGAUGCAGGAAAAGAUUAAGUGGUUUCGUAAGCUGAUGUGAUGUGUGCUAAUGCGAAGGGCUUCUAUAACCAGAUCCCUCUCUGUUAUUCACUUAGGUUUGGAAAUCAUGAAAAUAUGUUGGCUUGGAAAGUCUUGUUCAUAUGCUGCCUUUAAGCUUAGAGUAUGCCCUGAAAACCAUCCAUUACUUGACCAUAAAUUACCAGAGUGCCCAACCCAUUCCUCUCCCUGGGUACAGUCGUGUAGCAUAGCCUCUGCCAUGGGGAUUUUGGAGCAGAGUUUGUGCAAUGGGACACAGCUGCUCACAAGUCAAAAGCAACAGAAGGGACAUAAGAACAAUUCCAUUCUUUUCCUCUUGCGUGGAGAUGGAUCUGUCCGACCUCUCCAUUGAUCAUGCAUUUGCUUCAAUAACUGGUGCUAGUGUGUUGAAACAGCAGAUGUUAUCAGUUGGGGGUGGGUACGUGACUGGAUUAGCGCUGAACAUACUUUCCACAUACA